UUGUCAAUUUUAAACAUUACAGCUAAACUUGCGUGAUAUCAAUAAUAAAAAUGGGUAAAAAAGCACCACCGAGAUGGGAUUUCAGAGAUGUCUCUUCAGGGAUACAGAGGAUACGUAAUUUUUUACUUGGUCGCAAAUAUGUAUACCACAAUCGUUUUCCGCCAUUAAUAUCACCAAGAUCAAUUCCUACUCCGGACAUUCCUCGAGGGCCGGACUAUAAACUCGCUAACCAGGCGUAUAGCAACCGCAAUGUCCUGAAUUCCGUAAAACCACCCGUUGUAGCGCCAGUCGCUGAAGGAAAAGUACCUCGCAAACCUAAAGAUGGAAGAGCGAAUAAAAUAAGAGUCGGUCCUAAGCUCUCUAGCUCAGACGCUAUUGAAUUUUCUUGCCCGCCACUCAUAGGGCCCAUAUGGUGGUUUGACUCUCAUUCCUAUUACAAAGACGUAUGUGUAUCACCUUGUGGAAGUCCUGCAAGUUCGUCACCUCCUUCCCCUCCUGCGCCUCCUUGCCCAUCCCCCUGCUCGAGCUCGGAGAAAAAGGCUCCCUGCCCCGAAGAAUCAACUACUCUAGAAAAGCCGUGUCCUGUUCCGAGGUCGGAUCCAUGUGCUGAAAAGCCACCUUGUGAAUUGUCGCCUUGCGAUCCUCCGGAUGACAAGCCGCCGCCGCCGCCGCCACCACCUAAGAUUUGUGAUCCGUGCAAACCUAAAAGUGGUGGAAGGAGGAAAAGGAGGAAGUAAUUAGUAAUUAUGUAAAUGGUUUGGGUUCUAAGUGGUGGAUUGGUGGUGCGUUAGUAGUCGUAGAAAUUGACCACACUUGUAUGACCGACAAAGCAUCGUCUUUUUUGUCAGCGGUCUAGAGCUACUGAGUUUCGUUUUAAAAAAGUAUUACAGUUUUCUCUUCAGUAUUUAUCAUGGAAUUUAAUUUACUUACCUAUUUAUUAGGGUCGGCCGAGGAGAUUGUUCCUAGUGUUCCUCGACUAGACAAGUUCUUAGUUGUUUUAAUAUUGUCUUAUGUUAUUAUUUAUUUGUUGAUAAUUUGCGCAUUUAGUUAGUUUAGUUUAUUUAUGUUUUGCUUUAAUUUGCUCAAUAAAGAAUUAUGAAAAUUCA